CAUUUAGUAUUCCAUUUCAAUUGAAACAGCUGUUUCAAUUUCAACAUCUAAAUUGACAUUCAACCGUUCGUGUUCUAAAGCAUUCUAAACGAACGAAUGCUCAUACUCGAUACAGACAGAUGUGCUCCAAUAUUUUUAGUACGCAGACGAAUCGGUCUUGACAGAAAACGAAAAGAAAAGAAGAAGAAGAAGAAGAAAUGAGCAAGAAUAAAAAGAACAAAACGCACAAAGAGUGAAAAAGUAAAUAAUAUAAAAGAGCAUUUGUAGCCUUUUUUCUGUUUCCACAUAUUUUAUUUCAUUCGAAUGUAAAUUCUGUGGUAAAUUGGUAACGCCAAUUGGUUCAUUUGUGUGCAUUGCGUUCAAAUAAUGAUAAAAUAACUGAAUUUCUCUAUACAUUGUAAUCGAAAUAGUUGUUAGUUUCGGUGGUGCACAUCUGUUCGUAUAUAUAUAAAGAGUUCGUUCGAAUUAUUCGGUCGUCAUGAAUAUUCCAACAAAUGGAAUCUAUUCAUUCAAAUUCGAUUUGCAAGAUUUGUGUCGCAUAUGCGGAACAACUAGUAACGAUUUAAAUUCGAUGUUUGAUGACGACAGUGGCAGUGCAUACGAUUUUGCUUCCAAAAUUAAUGAAUAUCUACCAAUAACAGUUCGAAAAUCCGAUUAUCUACCACAGAGAAUAUGUUCGAUGUGUGCAUCAACAUUGCUCUCAUUCCACCAAUUGUACAUCAUAUGUCAAAGUAACAACACAAGAUUUCUGCAAUCGCUUGAGGGUGAGGCGUAUGAACAUCAUGUUGUCAAAAGUCAAGUUGUCGGCGACACAAGUGAAUUGCUUGAGUUGCAAAGUUCAUUUUCGCGCGAAAUCGAAAAUGAAAUCCUUAAUAUGCAUGAAUCGAAAGAAAUCAACGAAGCGGAAAGUGAAAUAGCGGCAAAUGCAGCUGUAAAAGAACUUGAACGAAUCGGAUCGGCCGAAAAUAUUAGUUUGGUCGACGAUGCCGCUGAUGUUUUGCAUUCGAUGAAUGAUGAGAAAGAUGGAACAUUAAAUCAAAAAAAGUCCGGUGGAAACAACGAUAAGGACGAUGAUUUAGAAGGGGAUUUGCAAGAUGCUGAAAUUCGCAACAAUACUAGGAAUAAAUUGAAAAAGGUUCGUAAACAGAAAAACGAUGAAAAGCCUAAAUCUAAUACAAAGACUGCAAAGGUAGCGAAGUCGCCGAAAAAGAAUGUUAAAAACCUGAAAGCUGAAAUUUUGAAGGAAAAUAUUACUCGAUCAAAGAGCAACAAAACCGAAAAAACCCCGGUGUCUGUGGUGGAUAAGGACAUAAAAGAAAAUAACUUUGUGGAAAAUAAGAACCAAAUAUCACUAAAAACACCGUGUGAUUAUUGUUCAUUGGAGUUCACCACAAAAGCGUUGCUGGUCGAACAUGUGAAAGACUCGCACAACGAUCUCAUUUUCCAUUGUGAAAUGUGUGAUGACUAUGUCGCCAGGGUCGAUUUGAUAAGCCAUAUGCUUAAUCAUGCUAUUGGAAUUAAUUCGAAUAGCACGACAAAGGAACAAGCCGCUGAAGCAGAGGAUAAAAGCCAUCUCCAAGAGUCACCAGAGAAAAGAACACCAGAAGAUGUUAGUAAAAAUUCACCGGCCAAAACUAUUGUUAAAGCGGAGAAGCGCCACGAAGUGAUUAAUGGAAAUCACAAGGCUCCAGUGCCGAAGAGCCGAGCACAAAAUUAUUGUUCUGAGUGCGAUAAAACAUUUGCCGAUUCUGGUGGCUUUAAGUACCACAUUAAUUCAUUCCACAAAAAGAUUAAGAAGUACGAGUGUGACAUAUGCGGUAAUCACUUUUCGUGCAAACGAGUCAUCACCAACCAUUUGCGUGGCGUUCACAUGAAAGAACGGAUUUUUGAAUGUAAUCAGUGUGCAAAGAAAUUUUCAACUGAUUCAGCGCUGUAUAUGCAUAAGAAAAUUCAUGAAAAUGUGUUCAAAUGUGUGUGUGAGGUGUGUGAUCGAAAAUUUAGAUCAAUGUCAAAGCUUAAAAUUCAUAUCACCUCGCAUACCAAAGAAAAGAAUUAUUUCUGUGAGAUUUGCCAACGAGGAUUUGCUGUGCGAAACAACCUCACCAAACACAUGUUAACGCAUUCGAAAUUGUUCAAUUUCAAAUGUGACAAAUGCAGCUAUGUUGCAAACCAACGACGAUAUCUUGCCGAACACACUAAACGGUCGCACAAAACAUAAUACGUUACACACCAUAUAAAUCAUAAGACUUUUUACAAGCCAUAUUCCACUCUAAAUUAGUUCGUCUCCCGAUAAAUCCAAAUUCUUUCCACUGAGAUAAUUCGCGAUACAUUUUAUUGAAUAUUGAAUUGUUAUAAUCAUCAAAAUAACGACUGUCUUCAUUGAUUUGAAUCUCUGAAGUUGGAAACGUGUACUGAAUCUACAAUUCGAUAUUUUCACGUAAUAUCUAUAAAAAGAAAUAAUUACAGCCGGUGUAAUUGCGUAGCAAGUAUGUACUUUCUCUGGAAAUCAUCUCUCAGUGAAUGAUGAUUUUGAAAGCGCCAAUCAAAUAGAUCUCCAAAUCGAUGUAUUUUAUAAGAAGAUAUUAACAAAGCAAUUGUUAAUUUAAAUUAAGUACGAAAACAUCACUAACCCAUAAUUAACGACUCUUUUCUUUCCCUUUUGGGAAAUUCAUCGAUGCAUCAUUUUAGCAAGUAGGUUAUUUGUACCUUAGAACAUCAUCCAGUGAAUUCAUUAUUUGUUUUCAGUAGCCGUAAGUAGAAACUUCUGUUCAUGUUCUAGUUAAGUUAGUUCAAUUGAACUGUAUUUCGUUAAAUUAUUGCUAUCUUAAGUUAAGUUAUAAGAUUAAUGUCUUAUUUAUCACCCAGUUGUAUUCAUAUUCAUUUGAAUGACAAUGAAAAUGUGUUUAUUGUUUUGUUAUUGUAUGUAUGUAUCUCAAAAUAAAAAAUAUUGUCUAAUGCAGUAUGAGCAGGUGAAAUAUUUCCUUCUUGAACCGCCCAUUCAAAUAAA